CGGUAAUGCGCUUUUGAGAAGACGAGCCGCCCGCCAAGAAGAAGAAGAACAAAAAGGCAAAAAGGGCCAUUCUAAAAGUGAAAGUAAAAGGGGUUGGGGAUUUUACACAUUUGCGCGGUCAUUUCAGUCGGAUUAUCGAUAAAUCUGUGUUAUUUUAUUAAAGAUGUCAUCUGGAGGAGAUUUCUGUAUUUGUACUAGUUUGUUGUGUUUUAUUAUUCUGAAGACGAUACUCGUACAUGCUGCAGGUGACUCAUUCAAUCUUGAGGUUUCUCCUGAUCCGAUUGUGGGUCAGCUGGGAUCUUCAGUCAUUCUGCCCUGCUGGACAUCUCCUCCAUUAAACACUGAAGCUCUGGAGAUUCGCUGGUAUCUGCCUGAACAAUUUAAAGUUCCUGUUCUUCUCUAUCGUGAUGGAAAGGUUCAGGAGACCCAGGAGGAACAGUACAGGAACCGAAGCUCUCUGACCCUGCGGUCCGUUCAGUCUAAUGGACUAAAGGAUGGAGACGUCUCGUUGAGGUUGGAUAAUCUCAGGAUUGGUGAUGCAGGUGUAUUUCACUGUUAUGUGAGUGGAGAUAAAUCAUAUGACAGUCAAGUUGUAACGCUCAACAUCACGGCUGUAGGAUCCCCACCGGUUAUGUUUCCACAGCCUGUGAGCGAUGACACACGCUUGAACGUCAGCUGCAGAUCCAGCGGUUGGUUUCCAGAGCCGAGUGUCGUGUGGAAGUCAGACAGAAGGAAUCUCUCUAUCGGAGGAACUUCUCAUAGACGUGCGACGGAUGGGACGUUCUCUGUCCAGAGCUGGACACUCGUCUCUUCAUCUGAUGUUCAACAGGUCUUCUGUCAUCUGUCGCUCAGCAGUGAAGAGGAGAGAAGAGGAGGGAUUGACAUACAGGCCAUCAGGUCAUAUUCAGCAGGUUCUCCCUCAGAAGGUCCAUGGAAGGCGCUGUUCCUCACUUUUAUGAUUUUCUCUCUCUUGGGGCUGUUGGGCUUCAUCGUCUAUAAAUACAGAGAGAAACUAACAGGAAAGAAAACAGAUGAAGAAACAAACACACAGACGACUCCACUCAUGGUUCUUAAUGAUGAAUUAAUAAAGAAACUGAGAAAACACGCAGCUGUGAUCACUCUUGACCGUGAGUCUGCACAUCCAGAUCUGAAGAUUACAAAAGAUUUAAGAUUAGUGAGAGACUCUGAUAGUUAUCAGCCUAAAGAGUCUGGAGUAUUCCCAUAUGAACUGUGUGUAUGUGGAGAUCAAGCAUUCAAUGCCGGACAACAUUACUGGGAGGUUGAGUUACAACGAAAAAAGGUCAAACCUAAAGAUUAUUGGCUGAUUGGUGUGAUGAAACAGGGGAAUUAUCAUUUACCAGAUAAAUCUGCUUUAACUCCAUCAAAUGGGUUCUGGUUCUUGUGUUCAGACGGGCCGAAUGGCUUUCAUACCAGCACUGAAACAUCAAUAACACUUUCAUUUUCUCCAAAACCUCAGCGUCUGGGUGUUCUGUUAGAUUAUGAUAAAGGUCAGCUGUCAUUUUAUGACGUCACUGAGUAUAAACAUCUACUAACCAUGAACACCAAGUUCUCUGGAUCAGUCGUUCCUCUCUUUAAUCCAGGUGUAGGGGAUAUAAGUCCAUUAAAAAUUCUGGAUCUUUCAGAACCUGCAGAAGCUUCUGAUCCUACCGUUCCUUUACUGGAUUCACAAAACACUGCAUAAAAAUAUAAAGAAAAUGUGUUAAAGCCGUUUUGAAGUUAAAAGGGUAAACUGAUUAUUAAAUAAAUGGAUCAGAAAAAGUCGCUGUACAAAUUCCAGACCUUUCAUCUCCAGGGGUCUCAUUUAUAAAGCGUGCAUAUGCAGAAAUUUGAUCGUGAAGUGUGCAUACGCAAAAAAUCCACGGCAAAGUCCACAUUUAUAAAAACUGUCUUUGACAUGGAAAACUUUAACUUUUUGCAGGUUUUUGGAAAUAUAAGGCAUUCUUGCAGGGUUUAAAUAUUGACAGGUGCUCUUUUAUAUGUCAAUGACAUUAAUUAGGCUUCAUUUAAAGGCGGAGAUCUAAAAAUGUUCAGCUGCGCACAAUUUAGAGAUCAUUUGAAAUGUAUAGAUUUCACGUUUGAAAGUGAGGCGUACGUGCUUUUUCUAUGCGUAUGUUUGUUUUAUGAAUCACGCAUGCAUGCUUUCAAGAAGUGAUUGUAAGAUCUAAUUUAGAACAUAUUUUACGCAGCAUUUUUAUAAAUAAGGCCCCUGGAGUUUGUAGAUACGAUACAAAAUGAGUGUGAGAAUAAUGCAAAGAAAGAUAUUUUGUAGUUUAUAAAUUCUGUGGUUCAGUGAAUGAUGUUUACUUAUUUUAUUUCUUUUUGGUCCAGUAAUAAUAGUCAGAUAUUCUCUUUGUAUUUAUAGCUGUUGUGUCGUCAUCAUGUGUGAAAUGAAUAACAACUCGUAUACAUCAGCCUAACCCAGUGGUUCUCAAUUCCAGUCCUCGGCUCUCCUCCCAGAAUGUUUUAGAUGUCGUCUUAUAUGAAACAGCAGAUUUCACUCAUCAGGCUCCUUAAUUAACACAUUAACAAGCUGAUGAACUGAAUCAGGUGUUUUUAUACUCUAUAUGAAGACAUCUAAAAUGUUGUGGGAGUGGAGGCCUGACGACUGGAAUUAAGAACUACUGGUUUAACCCAAAAACGCUGUUAUUUUUUACUCUCAGCCCAAUCAUGUUGGGAUGUGUUUUUAAUGAAACCAAUAUUGUAUUCAUUUUAUUAAAAAGAUAUAUCUCUUUUUACAUUUCUAAAGACUAGUAAUUGUCAAAAUCUGCAUAUGGAAAUCAUAAUUGUAUCUAUCCUCAUGAUGCUCAUUAUUUUAAUGCCUAUAUUUUAUUUACUUGUACUUCAUUUAAUGUUUAGCGCAUGAGUUUAACACCCACACUCAAGUAAAUGCUGAGUUUAGUUUAACCUAUACUGGGUUAAUAUUGAACAGAACACACCAGUGCUGGAUACUGGGUCAUUAUAACCUUUGGUUGAGUAACGACAACCCAGCAUUGAGUAAUUUUUAACCCAGCAGUGUCUUCUGUAAAACAACCAGCAUUUAUUAAAGUGCAGGGAACAGACAAGCAAAUGAACAUUUUAUAUCCUGUAAUGCACCACACGUCACUUAGAUCAUCUGACAAAUGUGUAAAUGUAAAUAUUCAAUAUGAUUGUGUUCAUCUAUAGCAAUUUGAGUUAGUUUGCAUGUUUUAAACUAUCCUGUUCCUGGUAAAGUUUUGAUAGUGCUGUGAUUGAUGUUUUAUAUGAUAUUUUGAUUAAAACACGUUCAAUCUGUACAAUCAUGAACACUAAAUCUGAUAAGAUCUGGGUGGGGUUCAGUUUUAAUAAAGGAAGGAAGCCCUGCAUCACUAAAUCAUCUUCUGUAAACCAUCUGAAAUAAACUAAACACACACAUCAUCAAAUAAAACAUUUGAUUUUAUUUACCUAAAAA